AUGGCGGACGAAGAGGUUUGUAAUACUACACGAGUUCCUUCUGAAGUACUGCUGACAUGGAUCAAGGGCGCAUCCCCUCGCGAGCUCAUCUUCGAAUCAUGCCGCCGCAACAACACAACCCUACUCGAAGAAACCCUGGAAAACGUCGCGUCCUCCGCAAAGAAGUCCGGCGGCAAGCCCACUGAACUCAUAGCACAGCUGCUCAACAGUGCAAGGGACGGUGUAGGCAACGGCGCUCUUCACGUGGCAGCAACAAAUGGAAGCUACGAAGUCAUCGACAUCCUCCUCGACCAAGAAGGCCUCGAAAUCGACGAAAUCGACCGCAUGGAACAGGACACGCCCCUGCACAAAGCCGUCCGCUAUGUAAACUCGCUCGACAAGUCCGACUGGGCAGGCCACGGCCACCCCAUUGUAGAGAUACUGCUCGACGCUGGCUGCGAUCCCAGGAUACGGAACAAGGCGAAGCUGAAGCCCGUGGAGUUGGCGGACCCCAGGAAUGCGGAGCUCAGGAGCAUAUUGCAGAAGGGCGAGUUUGCUAUGCAGGCUGGUGGGGAUGUGGUGGAGGAGGAUGAUGAUGGGCCGACGGGGAGCGCGAGUGAUAGUGAUUGAGAUCAUGGGGAAGAGGGAGGACGAUGAGAGGGUCUUGCGCAUAGGCUUUCAGCAUGCCACUGUUCGGCGCGUGCUGCCUGAAGUCCUGGGUAUAUUUCUUAGAAAGACUCCUCGUGUACGUAAUAUACACUGCAUGUCACUGAUUCCAACAUCAGACUGCG